GAGCGAGCCAGAAAGAGACAGGAGUGAGGCUCGCCGGGAAGCGAACACCAGCUCCGGAUCCCGAGCCCAGCAGCGGGCGGGGCAGAGACGGCAGUGCGGCAUCCUCUGCCUGAGUCUGUGCAGCCGCCAAGCUCCACUCACGCUCCCGGCCAUCAGGGCUCCCAAGAAUGGAGGAUUCCCGGGAGACGUCGCCGUCCUCCAACAACUCCUCGGAAGAGCUCAGCUCUGAGCUGCAGCUGUCAAAGGGCAUGUCGAUCUUCCUCGAAAUACUGAGGAGAGCAGACAAAAAUGAUGAUGGAAAAUUGUCCUUUGAAGAAUUCAAAGCAUAUUUUGCAGAUGGUGUUCUGAGUGGAGAAGAGUUACGUGACCUCUUCCAUACCAUUGAUACACAUAAUACCAACAAUCUUGACACAGAAGAACUAUGUGAAUAUUUUUCUCAGCAUUUGGGCGAGUAUGAGAAUGUACUAACAGCACUUGAAGAUUUAAAUCUUUCCAUCCUGAAGGCAAUGGGAAAAACAAAAAAAGAUUACCAAGAGGCUUCCAAUUUGAAACAAUUUGUAACUCGAUUUUUAUUGAAAGAGACCUUGAAUCAAUUGCAGUCUCUCCAGAACUCUCUGGAAUGUGCCAUGGAAAUUACUGAGGAGCAAACUCGUCAAGAAAGACAAGGGCCAACCAAACCAGAAGUCCUGUCGAUUCAGUGGCCUGGAAAACGAUCAAGUCGUCGAGUCCAGAGACACAAAAGCUUCUCCCCCAACAGCCCUCAGUUUAAUGUCUAUGGUGCAGGCUUAUUAGAAGAAGAUAACCAGUGGAUGACCCAGAUAAACAGACUCCAGAAAUUAAUUGAUAGACUGGAAAAGAAGCACAUCAUGCUUGUGCAGCGUCAGAUGUCUGUGAUAGAAGAGGACUUGGAAGAAUUCCAACUCGCUCUGAAACACUAUGUGGAGAGCGCUUCCUCCCAAAGUGGCUGUUUGCGUAUUUCUAUACAGAAGCUUUCAAAUGAAUCUCACUACACGAUUUACGAGUUCUGGGAGAAUAGUAGUGUGUGGAAUAGCCACCGUCAGAUGAAUUAUAGCAAGACCUUCCAAAGAAGUAAUGUGGAUUUCUUGGAAACUCCAGAACUCACAUCUACUAUGCUAGUUCCUGCUUCAUGGUGGAUCCUGAACAACUAGCUGUUCCUUAACAUUUUCUUUAUGGUUCCAAGUAAAAAACAACUGUUCUUAUCUGAAAUGUGAAUUAGAAAAUUCUCUGUACUUAUUAAUCUACUCUCUAGUUUUGUUUAAAUAUAUUUACCCUAAGAUGUGCACUCUUCUUAAAUGUCUUCUAUCAUUUUAUCUUUCAUGUAAAUUUUAGCUCAACUUUCAAAGUUCACUAUUAUCCUCAAUAUUUGCUGCUGUAUUGCUACAUACAAUAAACCUAAAACCCUUUAAUCUCAAAAUCAUAAUGUAUGAAAAGUAUACAUAUAAAGUAACAAAAUUGUUAUGAUAGAGAAAAAAACAUUUAAAGUGAGAGCUUUUAGACUAUUACUUCAUAGAACAGCUUCUGUAGAUCUGUCAUAAACUAUAAAGGUUAAAUCAGUGUUAUGUGAUUUUUAAGUAUCUGCUUUUCCAUGAGUGAAAUGUAUUCUUCAGUAAUACCUACUCCAUUCCCAACUCAGCAUCCUAUAACUAUUCACUUUAUGUUACUUAAAAAGCUAAUACAUGAUCCAAUAUGACUGGUAUCCUUAUAUGCAGAGAGAGAGAGCAGGGAUGCAUGUGCACCCCUGUUGUUUAAGCUUAAAAAAACAUUAAUACAUGAGCAUAAAUCAAUCUUCACUAUAACCAAUAGAAUCUCUAUCCAUCUGUCAAGUUAUAAACUGGUUUUUCAUAAGUGAGCAAUUCUGUGACAGGGUACCAUUUAGUAAUGUAACACCAUUAUAUCAUUUGUUAAGAAAAUGUGGUUCAAAAUUUUUGGCACAUGAUCCAGAGGUCUAACUUUACUUAUGAAAAAUAGACAUUUGCAUUUAAAUAAUGAUUUCAAAAUAUUUUAAAACCAAAAUUUUAACCUAAGUGAACAAAGAAUUAUAAAACAAGUAUAAACUUUAGGGAAAUAAUAAAAUAUGUACUGGACAAAAAACAUCUAUUUUUCAGUUUCAACACUAGAAUGACUACAAUCCCAGUUUCACUAGAAAAACUAAAACUAUGUACCUUAUAUAUUCUGCUGUACAAGCUCAUAAAUUAAAUAUUUUUAAUAAAAUCUCUUUUAUUCUGAUAAAUGCUGCUAACGAAAAUGCAAUGCAUAUAGAAAUUUGUUUAUUCUCUAGGCCAAAUUCCUCUGAAACCACAGGUCUUCCAGGAAACAAACAUAAGGUGAAUUUUUCCUUCUUUUUUUUUUAAACUCAGACAAAAAGGAAGGUUGAACUAAAAUUUUAUUUUUUAAAUAUAAAAGUUAACCUAACAUAUUUUCUCAAACUAACUUUUACCAACACCUUUGUGUACUCUCAGUCCUCAUUCAGUCUAAAUAAAAUUAAAGAAUUUUUAAUAGCUUCUACUAGAAAUAGGUAGUAAAUAUUGACAUAC